AUGUGGUGUUUAAAGGCCCUAGUAUCACUGCUCUUGGUCCAAUAUUUGGCGGCCACAUGCGAUGUGUGCCAAAGUGCGAGUAAAGUGGCUUGUCAUAGUGAGACCACUUUUUCCAUCUGCUAUGACGGAGUGCCAUCUUAUGAUCUGCUGCCUUGUCCAAAGGAUUAUUAUUGCACCGAUGGUUUCUACACUUGUUAUCUGAAUGCCGAUCCAGUCUGCAAGUCAGAGACCACAACCACGGAGAUCCCAACUACUAGUACUACUGAGAUUCCAUCUACUACGACCACUGAGAUCCCAACUACAACGACUACUACUGAAAUUCCAACUACCACCACAACCACCGAAAUUCCAACUACCACAACAACCUCUGAAAUUCCAACUACUACAACAACCACUGAAAUCCCAACAACCACCACAGAAGCUCCUUGGAAUCCCGAUGAUCUCUGCCAGCAAGCCACUAAAAACACAUUUUUUGAGAACGUAGAUGAUCCCACCUGCACCACUUUUAUAACCUGUUCAGUUGUUGAUGGAAUCCGUUCCACAAAAGUUACUUCAUGCAAGGCCAAUCAGUAUUAUAGUACUAGUUUGAAGGUUUGCACAGCCACAAAACCGGAUGGAUGUGUGGACACCACCACCACGGAGACGCCCUCAACCACUGUGACCACCACCACUGCAGCAACCACCACAACCACUGUGACCACAACAACUACAACCACAGCGGCACCCUGGAGUGCAGAAGCAACCUGCUUGACUGUCUCGAAAACCACAUUGUUUAAAAACGAAGACGAUCCAACCUGCAAUUCCUAUCUAUAUUGCUAUGUUUCUAGUUCUGGAUCUGCUACUGCUUUAAUAAAGAAGUGCAAAUCAGACCAAUAUUUUGAUGUCGAAGAAAAAGUGUGUUCUACCACCAAACCCGAUUAUUGCACCUAA